AUGCCGUUACAAAAAAGUAACCAACCAAUACUUAAGAAAAUUGAAACUUGGGUUGUCAAUAAUGUAGAUCAGUACAACUUUAUUGAUGAAUCAGUAAAGGAUUCUGUUUUGACUUAUGAUAUUCAUUCUGGACUCGAUGGUACAGAGAAGUGGGUUGUCAAGUUAAUAUUUUAUCAUAAACCCAAGUUUGUAGUAAGAAUCGGGGCUGUCUUCAAACCCGUUAAUGAAGAUGAAAUUAAACAUCACGUAGAAGUCACCAUGUACGUUCUUACUUCUCAAAAUUUUUAUCAGCCACUUGAUCGAGAAAUUCAUCGAACCGACACAGGGCUGAUUAAUGGAGUGAAAAUCCAUACUGUUUUGAGUAACGAAUCGAUUAGGAAAAGACUUUUAAAGAAAAAGAUUGAAGCACCGGAAACAAUAAUUAAUAACACAAUUACACUGCGAAUUGAACUUAUAACGUAUUUAGAUCCUGAGCCCAUGUUUCUAUUGAAUUCAUUAUUUAGAUUCAUGGCAGAUGUUCAACAACCAGACUGGAUUUUAAAAUUAUAUGAAACUAGAAAUGUUAGCGGCGAUUUAACAAUUAAGAUACAAGAUAAUGAAUUCCGAGCCCACAAACAAGUGUUAGACCAACGAGGCUUUGCAUUAAAUAAUGCAACUACCAACGAAAAUAAUAUUUUUAUUCUUUCAGGCAUAAGUCCUGAGAUAUUUGGUAUGCUAUUGGAAUUUGUUUACACGGGAGCUAUCAAGAAAUUGGAUGAUUUUGCUGAACCUUUAUUAGAAGCUGCAGAUCGAUUUAAACUUGAGGAUCUUAAAAAUUUAUGUGAGAAGUCGCUAUUAACAGAAAAUUAUGUUAAUUACAACAAUUUUGCUGAUGCCUACGUUUUAGCUAAACGCUGUAAUGCUCGUCAAUUAUAUGGCUAUGCUAGGUAUAUGGAAUCCGUGCUUUCUAAUAUAGACUGUCAAAGAUGGUCUAAAAAUAAUCCGCCAACUGCUGAGCAAUUGGAAAAAUAUUUAUUGCCAAUAAAAAAAAUACGGGAAGCAGAAAAAACUUCAAAAAGUUCUACAGCAAAUCCUUCUGAUCCUGUCGAUGUGUUGAACAAUAGCGGUAGUAACUUUUCUACAAAUGAUUCGAACACGACAGCAACAGCAAUGUCAGCAUUUCUAAUCAAGAUAAGUUAG